AUGUUCGAAAUUCGAACGCACAAAAGCCGCCCGCUGUGGAACGUUUCCCGCCGAAAUAUUUGCGCCGCGUUCAAGGUCAGCGUGAGGCAGGUCAGCGCCGUGACGUCACCGGCGCCCUCCAAAACGCCGGGUCAACGGCCGCGCUGCCAUUGCGGAAAUUGUGCUGCGCGCGUUCGGAAUUCGAAUUGGGCCCCUUUGGCUGUGUGCGUGCGAUUGUGCGUUUCGGCGUUGGCGCGCGGCGUCCGUGUGUGCGCGAGACGCGUGUGUGCACGGUCGAUUUGGGGGGCUUUUUUGUGCGUUCCCGCGCCAUCGAAUACAGCCCUCGGACGUUACGAAUGGGUUACCGAGGGAGAUGGCAGUUCUUCAAUAGUCUUAAUAAGUCGGCGGCGGCACAACAAAACCCCCGCUCCCAAGCGGCCCCAUUUCGUGCGCGAAACGUCCGCAUUCGAUAUU